GAGAGAGGAGAGAGAGAGGGAGCGGGGCUGAGCGGACGAGUGACGCGCGGAGAGAGAGAGAGAGCGAGCGAGCAGGGACACAGGAGCGACGCGUGAACGGAGUGAGAGAUACGCGAGCGGUAUUUAUAUAAAAGGAGAGAAGAGCAAGCGGCUCGGCAGAACUAGAGGCGGGAGGUAGCUCGGGGCAUUGAGAAACAAGCAACAAGAUCGACACCCACUUGGGGGAAGCCCACACCAUUGACAGACGAGGACAUCCGGAGCACAAAGUGUGACGAGCCACUUGAACCGAGACAAAGUAGGAAUAUAACCGACAAGACAUCAGAUAUAAGAGAGGUACCAGAGAAACAUCGGUGACGAGCCCUAGAGAGGACACACACCAGCGUCAACAGCAUAGACUGCAAGGCAGCGUGUGGGACGCAGGUGUCGUGGUCACAGCCAUGGUCUCUCCAGCCACACUCUUGAUUCUGCUGGGCAGCAUCGCCCUCUCAUCGCACCAGGGUCCGCGCGGAGCGAGCGCGGACACGGUCCGAUCCAGCUUCAUCCACCGUCAGCUGCGCUCUCACGAGAGGCGUGAGCUACAGAGGGAGAUCCUCUCCAUCCUGGGGCUGCCUCAUCGACCCAGACCCCCGGCUCCCACCGGCAGGCAGAGCGCGGCCCCACGCUUCAUGCUGGACUUGUACAACUCCAUGCCUGCAGAGGCUGGCGGCGGCGGCGGUGGUGGUGGUGGUGGUGCCACCGUGGGUUCUGCUCAAUAUCAUUAUCAGUACCAGAACCAGCAGCAGCAGCAGGGAUCAUCACCACCAUCAUCCAUACUCAUCGGCCGUGGACCACCACCUCUGCUGGGAGCUUCACAUCUGACGAGUCCCCAGGAAAGCAACUUUCUGAGCGACGCUGACAUGGUCAUGAGCUUCGUGAACAUGGUGGAGAAGGAGGGCGAGUUCCCACCGGAGAGACGGCACCACAAGCAGUUCCGCUUCGACCUGUCGCGCAUCCCCGGCGGCGAGGCCGUCACCGCGGCCGAGUUCCGCAUCUACAAGGAGCGCGCGUCGCUGCGCCACGACAACGAGACGUUCCGAGUCGCCGUCUUCCAGAUCCUGCGGGACCGGCAGUCGGACUUGUUUCAGCUCGACAGCCGCGUGGUGUGGGCCACGGAGGAGAGCUGGCUGGUGUUCGACAUCACGGCCACGUCCAACCUAUGGCUCAUGAGCCCCAAACAAAACCUGGGCUUACAGCUGCGCGUGGAGACGAUGAGCGGAGAGAGCAUCAACCCAUCGGCGGUCGGGCUGGUGGGCAGGCAAGGGCAGCAGGACAAGAUGCCCUUCAUGGUGGCUUUCUUCAGGGCCAGCCAAUUGCGUCUGCGCUCGGCUCGAGCGGUGGGGCGCAAGCGAAAGGGCAGCCGCAACAAGGGCCGCAGAGGGCCCAAACAGGACAUUUCCCGGGCGUUCAAAAUGACCGAUUAUAACAGCAGUGAGCAGAAACAGACCUGCAAGAUUCGCGAAAUGUACGUCAGUUUCCGGGAUCUAGGCUGGCUGGAUUGGAUCAUUGCGCCGGGCGGCUACGCCGCCUACUACUGCGACGGCAACUGCAGCUUCCCCUACGGCGUGCAUAUGAACGCGACGAACCACGCCAUCGUGCAAACCCUGGUUCACCGAAUGAAGCCCGAGGCCGUGCCCAUGCCCUGCUGUGCCCCCACCAAGCUCAGCGCCAUCUCCAUCCUCUACUUCGACAACAACUCGAACGUGAUCCUCAAGAAGUACCGCAACAUGGUGGUGCGCUCGUGCGGCUGCCACUGACCUCUGACCUCCGGGCGGUUCCCUCCCUGGCCGCUCGCGUCGCAAGGACCGCGGUUUCAGCCAUCGCGGUACGAGCCCGACGCUGCUGGCGCGUCGUCGAGAUAAACUAAAACUAAAAGAUAUUCUUGUGAUAUGAAUCUCUGCAGUCACGAAGGCUUUAAAUCAAAAUUUUAAACUAAACAAUUUUUUUUAUCACUUUUUUUUUAUUUUAGCAGGUAAGGCCCACCG